CGCUGACGUCGUUUCCUGUCCGGCUGUGUUGAUUUACUGAAAUGGCUGCAGCGGCUCUUGUGGAGACUUCUUCAGGUAAAGAUGCUAUUGCCGAGGGCUUGCUCGACCUCCUGAAACCAGCAAUCCAACAGCUCGACUUGCAUGUACACUCAGUCAGAGAAAGCCAGGUAGAAUUAAGAGAACAUAUAGACAAUCUGGCCACAGAGUUGUGCAGGAUAAAUGAACAUCAGAAGGUGGCUCUAGACCUGGACCCAUACGUAAAGAAGCUGUUGAAUGCAAGACGCAGAGUAGUGCUAGUAAACAACAUACUGCAGAAUGCUCAGGAACGUCUGAGGCGACUCAACCACAAUGUGGCCAAGGAGACAGCACGAAGAAAGACCAUGCUGGAGGCUUCAGGAGUAUUCACCUCACGCUCCCCCAGUAAACCCUGAGCCACGUCCUCCUGCUCUGCACAGCAACGACUGUGAACUGUCCUGACCAGAGGGAACACAACAGUGCAGGAAACUGGAACACGAGAAGAACAAGUCUUCCUUUGACUUUUAGUUAGCUCGUUGCCUAAUUACAUGUCUCGCACUGCAUUGUCUGAUGUUGUGUCACAAUAGAAAUCCAUGCUGCUCUCUGCUUGUCAUUAGCUGCAAAUAGGUUAUUGUCUAAUCUUAAAUAUGACAGAAUCAGCUUUAUAGUAUCACCAGGUCAUGUAGCCACCAAAAGGUAAUGAUGUUUACUUGUAGUGUCUUCUGAUCAAGUGAAUGGGUGUUCCUGAAUUCUGAGAGACUUGAUUUGUUUAAUAAUUCAUAUACAUAAAUAAUUCUGCUCAUUAAAAAAGAUUGUAAUGUCUCUCAGUACGCAGGAUACAUGACAACAUUUGGCCUGAAUAAUCUUGUGGACCGAAAUAACAGAUCUUUGUAUCUCUGCUGGAAGCUUUAUCCAAAUGCAAAAUAAAAUGUCAGU